UCGUCGGUGGAUAAGGCCUGCUGCGCCAAAAAGCCCUCUUUUUUCUCUGCCCCAGAGCUGUCGUAGCUCACUGCUUAGUACAUUAGUUGACAACAAGAGGCGUCUGGGUAUCACGGCUCAACCACUAUGUGCGUGCCUCAUAGCUUGCCCUAGUGAUGAAGAAUCUCUGCGUCUGGAUUGGAGGAGAGGGCAGUGGCAGAACCAACAACAUUAAAAUCUUGUGGGCUGUGGCGUUGACGUCGGCUGCCGCUAAUAGGAGACUUGGAGCCAGGAUUGGGCCCCCGUCAAGCAAACCUCGGGCGGGGGCUUCGGGAGCCUCAGCAAGAGGAAGCAGUUUUGAAGCUGCUCUGGCCAAGCAGCAAUACGACGUCUAUGCCCUGUAUAAGGCAGGCCAUCGGCGAUCAGCAGCAGCAUCUGCCGUGCCUAUGAUGCUGUACUGCACGUAUUGCACUAUAUGGCAACAUGCAUUGUCAUCCGCAACAAGUGCCCCGGUCAAGGCUGCCGGAGCAAAAGGCUCAAGGAUCUUUUGCUGCUGUGCUGUGCUGUCAUGUUUAUUUGCCAUGGGUCAAUACAGGCGCCACAGCGUUUGUGCUGGAUGGAGCAGCCGAAUAUGUCCGACUUCCAUCGCAAACAUGCUGCAGCCCAGAUCCGACGUCGUGUAUCCACAUUGCAUGUAGUCUGUUCGCAAGUCCGCCCAAUGUUCUUCCAGCCUCUGCUGCAUCCUCCUCCGACAGGGCAGGAUUGCCAUCGCUAGGUUGAAAUCCUUGGUACCAUGCAGUGCUCCUCUUAAUUUGCAGGCGAGCCAUUAGUCUUGUGGCUUUCAGAGAGAAUGGUGGUGUUGUGCAG